AUGGUCCGUCCUCAUUUGGCUCUACAGACGCUUUCUGCUUUAAUUUUGAACCCAUCGCUCGUUUCAGCAUCCAGCACUCCCUUCGAGUCUCUUCACCAGGUUCCACGUGGCUGGACCCGCGUACGGAGUGCUGGAACAACGGAAAACAUCAGGUUGAGGGUCUCAUUGAGACAGCAGAACCUCGACGAAUUUUAUGACAAGCUAUUGCAAGUCUCGACACCAGACCAUCCUCAAUAUGGCAGGCACUAUGAGGGACACGAGCUGCGGAGUCUACUAAAGCCCAGCGAUGAGGCAUCAGCGACUGCGAUCAGCUGGCUGCAGGAUAACAAUGUCACUGAUAUCCUGGAUGACGGGGACUACCUCAUGUUCCGCACCACAGUCGGACUGGCAAAUAAAUUGCUGGAUACACAGUUCGACUGGUACCAAGGCGAGGACGGCGAGCAGAUGAUGAGGACCAUCAGGUACUCUGUUCCGCAGGACGUUGCAGCGCACAUCAACUUUGUCCAGCCGACAACGCGGUUCGGCACUGCGAAGCGACUCGCCUCCCAUGUCAGCAUCGUGGAUCCCGGUGCCCCAGCCGACGGGACCUCGAAAUGGGUUUCGGUAGCUGAUAACAUCAGGGUGAACGCUGCCAGCGCGGUAGACCCCUCCUGCAAUACAGCGGUCACGCCACAGUGUCUGUUCCAGCUGUACAAUGUCAACUUCAAGGCGGAUCCAGCUGGCGGAAAUACGGUUGGGUACGCCUCCUUCGUAAACGAGUCUGCCAGAUUUACCGAUAUGGCUAUGUUCGAGCAGGUGUACGCACCAUAUGCAGCAAAUAGAAAUUUCUCGGUCGUGACCAUGAACGGCGGAAUCAACGACCAGACCAGCCAAGCCGACUCAGGCGAGGCGAAUCUGGACCAGCAGUACGUCCUUGCCGUUGGCUUUGACGUGCCAGUAACAGAGUUCAGCGUGGGCGGUCUUGGCCAGUUGGUCCCGGACGGGGAGUCGCCGACGCAGGAAUCCAACUCCAACGAGCCGUUUUUGGAGUGGCUCAUCGCGCUGAGCGCCAUGGACAACAGCCAGAUUCCAAACUCGAUCUCCGUCUCGUACGGCGAGAACGAGCAGGAGAUCCCGCUGUCCUAUGCGACACAGGUCUGCAACAUGUUCGCGCAGUUGGGUGCUCGCGGAAAGUCGAUCUUGAUCGCGUCGGGGGACUCCGGCGUGGGAUCAUUCUGCCAGGCCAACGACGGAACGAAUGCGACCAGAUUCCAACCUCAGUUCCCGGCUUCAUGCCCGUAUGUCACAGCUGUGGGCGGAACGCAAGGCAUCUCGCCAGAAACAGCCACCUUCUUCUCCUCGGGCGGUUUCUCGAACGUCUGGCCGCGCCCGGCAUACCAAGAACAGGCCGUGUCGACCUACCUGCAAACGAACGGCAACAACUUCACCGGGCUGUUCAACGCCACCGGCCGGGGCUUCCCAGACGUCGCCGCGCAGUCGGUCAAUUACCGCAUCAUCGACAAGGGCAGCGACAGCGCGGUACAGGGCACCUCGGCGGCGGCGCCGACGUUCAACGGCAUCGUGGCGCUGCUCAACUCAGCCCGCCUGCAGUCCGGCCAGCCCACGUUGGGGUUCCUCAACCCGUGGCUCUACUCGACUGCGUCGGCUGCGAUGAACGAUGUCACUACCGGGGCCUCGACAGGCUGUGAUGGACAGAGUCGGUUUCACGGGCAGCCGAAUGGGAGUCCGGCUGUCCCUGGGGCCAGCUGGGCGGCUGCGCCGGGCUGGGAUGCCGUGACUGGACUUGGCACCCCCGACUUCGGCAAGAUGCUUGCCAUCAGCUCACCGAAUGUGAAGAAUGAGGGCGGUGUGAUAUCGGCCUAG